UCUCAUCCGCCAUAGCCAAAACUGUUGAAGCUCAUUGCAAAGGCCUUGUGCCUAUACAACCCACUCAUUUUCUCCUUCUCCGCCGCCGCGUCCCUCCUCUCUCUUUCUCUCUCUCUUUUUCCAAAAUGGCACUUAAGGCCGUCCAUGUUUCCGACGUUCCUAACCUCGAUCAGGUGCCGGCCAAUGCCUCUCUGGCCCUUUACUCUAAUCGAUUCUCCAAAGGUGUGGAAUUUGGACAGAAAGCAUUUAGAGCCUCGAAAUUCUUGGUGAUUGGGCAUAGAGGGAGCGGAAUGAAUGCGUUGCAAUCUUCGGAUAGGAGAAUGAGAGCCAUUAAAGAGAAUUCGAUCUUGUCGUUUAAUGCCGCCGCUAAAUUCCCUAUUGAUUUCGUUGAAUUCGAUGUGCAGGUGACAAAGGACAAUUGCCCUGUUAUAUUUCACGACGACGUUAUUCUCUCUGUAGACAAAGGCACUGUUUUUGAGAAAAGAAUCACAGAGUUAACCCUUUCAGAAUUCCUUUAUUACGGUCCCCAGCAAGAUCCUCAGAAGGAGGGAAAUUGUUUGCUUAGAAAAACUAAAGAUGGGAAAAUUGUGAAUUGGAAUGUUGAAGCAGAUGAUAGUCUUUGCACUUUAGAAGAAGCUUUUCAGAAAGUUGAAACUUCUAUAGGGUUCAACAUUGAGUUAAAGUUUGAUGACCACAUAGUCUAUGAUCAUGGUUAUCUUACUUGUGUUCUUCAAACUAUAUUACAGGUGGUCUUUGAGAAUGCCAAAGAGAGACCCAUCAUCUUCUCCACUUUCCAACCAGAUGCAGCAUUGCUUGUCCGAAAGUUACAAGCGACAUAUCCGGUAUUCUUCUUGACAAAUGGGGGAACCGAAUUGUAUGAUGAUGUGAGGAGAAAUUCUUUAGAGGAAGCUCUGAAAGUUUGCCUGGAAGGUGGACUACAGGGAAUAGUGUCGGAAGUGAAAGGAAUAUUUAGAAAUCCAGGGACUGUUAAGAAGAUUAGAGACUCAGAACUAUCCCUCUUAACCUACGGACGAUUGAAUAAUGUGGCAGAAGCUGUUUACAUGCAACAUUUGAUGGGAGUAGAGGGAGUGAUAGUUGAUCUUGUGGAAGAAAUCACAGAAGCAAUGGAGGAAAUGAUGAUAAAGCCGAAGGCGAUCGAGAAGGGAGAAGAAGAAGAAGGGAAGAAGGAGGAGGGAGAAGGGAAGGUUGAAGAAGUUGAAAUGGAUAAAAAACCACAGUUCUCGGAGAGGGAGCUUUCAUUCCUUUUGAAGCUCAUCCCUCAACUCAUAGAGCUCUAACAUAACUAACAACACAAAAUUCAUAUUUUCUUAGUUGGCCAAGGGAUUUUUCUUUUAGGUAAAUGGGGGGCUUUGUUCAGGGAUAUUAUUAACGUUGUAUAUAAAAUCAAAAUCUCUCCUCUCUGCCCAUUCCAUAUGGUCAGGCCACAAAUCUUAUGACAAUCUCAGAAAUCUUUGACGAUAUCAGAAAAUAUAUGAAAAAAGAUUUGACAAGUUGUUGGGA